AGUAUGCAAGAAAGGAAAUUCCCGCCAAGAACGGAAACCGUGAAAAAUUGCACAUACGUCCCUCGUGAUUUGUUAUUAACUAUAAAUACCCGAACACGCCUCUCCCAUUUCUCAUCAACCCAUUAUUCGUUUCUACGUUUAGUACAAGAGAACGCUGUUCAUCGUGUUCAUCGAUCCUCUCUGUUUUUUUUUUUUUUUCAAUUCUUGUGAGAAGAUGACGGUGGGUUCUGGGAUUUCCGUGAGUGAUGGAAGGCUGAAUGUGUUGGGUGAGACCAUUUUGACCGAUGUUAAGGACAAUGUUAUCGUUACGCCGGCCACCGGCGGACUUUUGACCAACGGAGCUUUCAUCGGAGUUCAUUCCGAUCAAACUGGUAGCCGGAGAGUCUUCCCCGUCGGCAAACUCCGGGAUUUGAGAUUUAUGUGUGUGUUCCGAUUCAAGUUAUGGUGGAUGACACAGAGGAUGGGAUCGUGUGGGGAAGAAAUACCUUACGAAACCCAGUUUUUGAUUGUUGAAGGCAAAGAAGAUCAGUCUUCUGCUAUUAAUUAUGUUGUCUUCUUGCCCAUUUUAGAGGGUGAUUUCAGAGCUGUUUUACAGGGAAAUUCCAACAAUGAAUUGGAAAUUUGCUUGGAAAGCGGGGAUCCUGAUGUGAAAGAGUUCGAUGGAAGCCACCUAGUGUUUGUUGCAGCUGGAUCCGAUCCAUUCGAUGUCAUCACGAAUGCGGUCAAAACUGUGGAGGGGCAUUUGCAGACUUUCAGCCACCGUGAACGAAAGAAGAUGCCGGACAUGUUGAACUGGUUCGGGUGGUGCACGUGGGAUGCAUUCUACACUAACGUUACCGCUGAGGGAGUCAAACAGGGUUUAGAGAGUUUGGAGAAAGGGGGGAUUCCACCAAAGUUUGUCAUAAUCGACGAUGGAUGGCAAUCAGUCGGUAUGGACCCCACAAGCGAGGGAGCCAUAGCCGAUAACUCAGCCAAUUUCGCCAACAGGCUAACAAACAUCAAAGAGAAUCACAAAUUCCAGAAAAAUGGAAAAGAAGGCCAAAGGGUAGAAGAUCCAUCAAUGGGAAUCCGCCACAUCGUCAAACAAGUUAAAGAUCAACACUUGGUCAAAUACGUUUACGUGUGGCAUGCAUUGGCAGGGUACUGGGGAGGUGUCAAGCCAGGAUUGGUUGAAACCGGCCAAUACGAUUCCAAGAUGUCUUACCCCGUUUCCUCGCCAGGUGUUGACUCGAACGAACCGUGCGAUGCUUUCAACAGCAUUGCCAAGAAUGGACUUGGUUUAGUCAACCCCGAAAAGGUCUUCAGUUUCUACAACGAUUUACACUCUUACCUUUCGUCGGCUGGUAUCGAUGGGGUUAAAGUAGAUGUCCAGAACAUUCUAGAAACCCUAGGAGCGGGCCAUGGUGGAAGAGUGAAACUCGCAAGAAAAUACCACCAAGCUCUCGAGGCGUCGAUUUCUAGAAACUUUCCGGAUAAUGGAAUCAUUUCGUGCAUGAGUCACAACACGGAUGGCUUGUACAGCUCGAAGCGUUCGGCUGUUAUAAGAGCAUCGGACGAUUUUUGGCCGAGGGAUCCAGCUUCACACACGAUCCACAUUGCAUCGGUUGCUUAUAAUACCGUUUUUCUUGGAGAGUUUAUGCAGCCAGAUUGGGAUAUGUUUCAUAGUGUGCAUGAAAUGGCUGAAUAUCACGGAGCAGCACGUGCUGUGGGAGGUUGUGCUCUAUAUGUCAGUGAUAAGCCUGGACAACAUGACUUUAACCUUCUGAGGAAGCUCGUACUUCCCGACGGCUCAAUCUUGAGGGCAAAACUACCGGGAAGGCCAACACGCGAUUGCCUGUUUUCCGAUCCCGCUAGAGAUGGAAAAACUUUACUGAAAAUCUGGAAUCUGAAUGAUCACAACGGAGUAGUGGGGGUAUUUAACUGCCAAGGAGCUGGCUGGUGUAAAAACGAAAAGAGGAAUCUGAUUCAUGACGAACAACCUGACACAAUAACCGGAAUUAUUCGAGCUAAGGACGUCGAUUAUCUUCCAAGAAUUGCUGGUGAUAAAUGGAAUGGAGAUGCAAUCGUCUACUCUCAUAUACACGGGGAUUUGGUUUAUCUUGAGAAAAGCACGUCUCUGUCUGUAACACUUAAGACGAGAGAGUAUGAAGUUUUCACGGUGGUUCCCGUGAGUGAGAUCUCGAACAAGGUUGCAUUUGCACCGAUUGGUCUUAUCAAAAUGUUUAAUUCCGGAGGGGCAGUUAAGGAAUUAAACUGUGAAGUGGAAAGUUCCGGAACAAUCCAGAUGAAAGUCCGGGGUUGUGGGCCCUUUGGAGCGUAUUCGUCUGUUAGGCCUAAGAGAAUCCAAGUUGAUGGCGAUGAAGUUGAGUUCGAAUAUGAAGAAGCUUCCGGAUUCAUUAGGUUCGAUCUGCGAGUUCCGGAAGAAGAGAUGUACCUUUGGAAUGUGGUGGUUGAACUUUGAGGAAGAAUCUGUUUUGACUAGGAUCUUAUGCAGGAUCCAUUUUCUAAUAGUGUCUGAAAAAUGCUGAUUUAUUUCUACUUAUGUUUAUUAUUUAUUUUUGGCACGCAUUGUGCGAAUCGAAUGUCUGAAUGUUUAACCAUUGAUCUUGACACCAAGUCGAAUGGUGAAAAGUACGAGAAAAAAAACUGUUAUUUGAUUAUGAGUUUGGCUACAACGUUAUAAAUUAAGUUGUUUGAA